AUGUCCUUUUUUGUGUCUCAGGUAUUAGCAGCCGUUGCGGCGAUCGGCUCGGCGAGACCCGAAGCCGGAUACUCCUACAACGCGCCCGGUGGCGGUGGUCUUGGAGGUCAUGGAGGCAUCGGUGGUAUCGGGGGAGGUAUCGGUGGCGGCCACGGUGGAAUCAGCGGUGGCUUCUCCUCCGGUGGUCUGAGCUCCAGCAGCUUCGGUAUUGGUGGUGGUGGAAUCAGUGGAGGAUUCUCCUCUGGCGGUGGAUCCUCCUUCGGCAGCGGUUUCGGUUCCGGCGGCGGAUUCAGCUCCGGCGGCGGCGGCGGUGCCGCAUUCGCAGGCGGAUUCGGAGGUGGAUUCGGAGGCAGCUUCGGAGGUACCCCCAUCGUCCAGAAACACAUCUACGUCCACGUUCCACCCCCAGAACCUGAAGAACCACGCCAACAAACCAUUGUCGGCGGUGGCACCCCCCAGAAACACUACAAGAUCAUCUUCAUCAAGGCCCCAUCACCUCCUGCACCUUUAGCGCCCGUCAUCCCUGUUCAAGCCCAAAACGAAGAGAAGACCCUCGUAUACGUAUUGGUCAAGAAACCCGAAGAUCAACCCGACAUCACCAUCCCCACUGCCGCUCCCACCCAACCCUCAAAGCCCGAAGUAUACUUCAUCAAAUACAAGACCCAAAAGGACGGUGGUUCCAUCGGAGGUGGUAUUGGCGGUGGUAUUGGCGGUGGUAUUGGUGGUGGACUCGGCGGAUCUGGUAUUGGCGGUGGUAUCGGUGGUGGACACGGUGGAUCUGGCAUUGGCAUCUCUGGUGGUAGCAUCGGAGGUGGCAGCAUCGGCGGUGGCAGCAUCAGCGGCUCCGGCUCCGUCAGCUCUUCUUACGGACCCCCCGGACACUCCGGUGGCCCAUAC